CAUUCUUCUCCCCCCAGAUAGUUACUUUUAUGAGUAUUGAUGGACUUGUGUUCUAAGUUCUUUUGAUGGACUUGUUGAAUAAUGAAGAAUGGUGUGAGUUCUUACAGCUUGCAGAAUCAGGAGUAUCAUACUGCAUUAGUUAUUCCUUAGACACUUCAUUGCUGCAGAUGAUCAUGACCACUGGAAAAAUGCAUUAUAUGAUAUCGAAAUUUUGAUGAUAUUGUAAACUUUCGUCUUUUUACAGGAUCUUGGACUGCAUUUAGCCGUACAGAUUUGUUUUAUUGCUGUAUGGCGAUUUCCCUUUCAUGUUCAUUUGCAAAGUACAAUGAUGUGGAUGAUGGCUUAGACUCUUCUAUGGCAAGAUCCAUCAGUUUUGGCAAAGAAGUCAAGACUCUAGUUCGGUCUGUUAGUUUCAAACAUCUUGGUUCAGAACCAACGAUAAGGAAAUGUCUUGGCUCUGGAAGGAUGACAAUAGAAAAAUCAGUGAGCUUCAAGAGGAAUGAUAUGGAGAGAAUUAUUACAGCUAAGACUCUCUUAUUUGACAGUGAGAAAAUCAUGACUACCUCAAGAAUGAGCCAAAACAGAAAAGAGAUGGAUGAUCUUGGUCACUCUUCUAGAUUAGACUGUAAAGAGGAAAACAUCCACUCACAAACUUUGGAUCUAAAAAACCCAAAACACAUGGCUGCUGUUAAAUUGCAGAAGGUAUAUAAGAGCUUUCGUACCAGAAGAAAGCUAGCUGAUUGUGCAAUUCUUGCCGAACAAUGCUGGUGGAAGGUCCUGGACUUUGCUGAACUCAACCGCAGGUCAAUCUCGUUCUUUGACAUUGAGAAACCUGAAACUGCUACUUCACGCUGGUCGAGAGCUACGAGCAAAGCUGCUAAGGUUGGAAAAGGUCUAUCAAAAGACGAAAAAGGUCAAAAACUUGCUCUACAGCAUUGGCUGGAAGCGAUUGAUCCGCGUCACCGCUAUGGACAUAAUCUGCACUUCUAUUAUGACAAUUGGCUCCAGUGUCAGAGCAGGGAACCUUUCUUCUACUGGCUAGAUAUAGGACAAGGAAAGGAAGUAAAUCUUGAAAAGUGCCCUCGAUCUAAACUUCAACAACAGUGUAUUAAAUAUCUGGGUCCGAUGGAACGGUUGGCUUAUGAAGUCGUUGUUAAGGAUGGAAGGUUCUUCUACCAGCAAUCUGGAGAACUCCUUCACACUAAUGGAGAAGGUGGGCAUGCCAAAUGGAUUUUCGUCCUAAGCACAUCGAAGAGCUUAUAUGUUGGUAUGAAGAAAAAGGGUUCUUUUCAGCAUUCUAGCUUCUUGGCUGGAGGAGCCACAUCAGCUGCUGGGAGAUUAAUUGUUGAAUACGGUGUCUUAAAGGCAGUUUGGCCUCACAGUGGCCAUUAUCGUCCAACCGAAGAGAAUUUUAAGGAAUUUAUUUCAUUCCUUCAGGAGAACAAUGUGCACCUCUCUGAUGUCAAGAUGAAUGCAGUUGACGAGGAUGAGUUAGAGUCAGAGAAAAGCAAGAAGCAUCUUAGAAACCCCUCAUAUAUAAAGGACAUGACCGAGGACAUGAGUUGCUUGGAGGCUGAAGAGAUCAUUGAUGAAGACGGGGAUUUAUUAGAAGAUAAAGCCAAUUUAUCUCAGAAAGAGAGUGCCUCUAAGAUGGCAGCGCCUAGAACAAAGCUUUCUAUUCUAGGAAGAGAAAUAAGCAACCUUGAAAUCCCGGAGAGGGGUACAAUUUGUGGGAGUUUCCAAAUGGAGUCUCCUAAAGAAGUUCAAGAAGGUGCACAAGCUUUUGUUUCAGAGCCGGAUCACAUGGUUCAGAAGGAAAACUCUUCCAAGGAAAAACAAGAUGAGACGGAUGGAGAAACCAUUACAACAGAGUCAAUACUUAAAAGGAUUAACUCCCACAAGGGAAUGAAAUCAUGCCAACUGGGAAGACGGUUAUCUUGCAAAUGGACUACCGGAGCCGGGCCUCGCAUUGGUUGUGUGCGGGAUUACCCGAGUGAACUUCAGUUCCGAGCUUUGGAGCAAGUUAAUCUGUCUCCGAGAAAAAGCUGCCUUUCUAAAUCAUCAUUAUCUCCAAGAACCCCCACCGGGUUGAGCCGAAGAGUUUCAACACCACAAAGUCUGUUUAGCGAGACAACAACCAUAGGGAUGCCAUCUGAAAGUGAUGAUCAAGACUCAAGAUCAGACUCCUUGCCAUUAUUUCGAGGAACAUCAGUAAUACCAGUUAUUUAUACUUCAUAACGGACCGAAGAUGAUUCUUAAUUUUUCUUCUGGUAAGCAAAGAGGAUUCAUAAUUUAAUUUGUUCUUUUGUGUGAAUAGGAACAAAGACAAUAGAAUAUUGGUCAUUCAGUCCAUUAAUUCCCAUAGGAAUUCUUUCUUUA